AGCAACUUGCACUGCCAAACCCCACAGAAAGUAGUUUGGGAAACCAGAUGUUUACGUGCUGUGAUUACGCCACACCGUUCUCGUGCGGCUGUGUACUCCCCACACCGCUCUCAAAAUUGAAUAGGUUGCUGAGGCAGCAGCACUAUCCCAUAUUGCAAAUAAGUGGUUCAUUCUGCAAAUGA